GAAUUGUACAUCUAAACUCCAAUAAAAUUUGCCGUUGCUCAAUGGCUCAGCGCGUAGGGUCUGUUUAUUGUACACGUGCUAGGCAGCGCUACUGUAUAUACACAGAGCCCGAGAGCUCUUAUCUCUAUGUGUCCAAGGUCAUCUGGCUGUGCGCUUUGGCCACUUUACAAGGGGUCCUUUUGACCACAAAGGAUUUGAUAUGCAAAGUCUAACCACAUCAACGACGACGCCCAUGAACUUGUAACCUUGAAUGGCUGUGUCGACGACGUGUACACUAACAAGAACAUGUUGUCACGCUGAAACUAAAUCCAGAAGGGAAGAGAACAUGGAAACGAAAUCACUGCCGAGUCUGUUCAACAAUCAGGACCACUAUGAUAAGGCUUUCAAAGUCUUCUGCGCUCGGUCUGCCAAAUUCAAGGCGUACUGUGACUGGGUGGACGGUGUGUUUAGCGAGGCGGUGGUUGGUAGGCUCCAGGUCACACUGGACGGAGAAGAAGAGCUACGGGUCAUGGGAGUAGGCAGUGGGUCAGGUGAGAUGGAUUGUUUGAUGUUGGAGCAGCUCAAAAAGCGUUUCCCGCUCAUCAAUAAUCGUGUAGUUGACCCUUCUCAGAAGUUGCUGGUCCAAUACAAGGCAUUUGCUCAAACGAAGGCUCACCAGCUACACGGUGUUAAGUUUGACUUUCGGCAGCAGACUAUUGAGCAAUACCAAGAGGCGGGAUAUGUGACCAAGUUCCAUUUCAUCAGCGCAGUUCACUCCAUGUACUACGUGGACAACUUUGAUAGCUCCGUGAUGUAUCUGUACGACUUACUGAUCCCAGGAGGAGCAUUACUUGUGAUCCUAAGGCAAGAAAACACCGGAUGGCAGCGAUUUCUGGACCGCUUUCCUCAACUUUAUGGUCGGGCCGGUUGUGACCUACAAGUAACUUCGAGGGAUUUACUCAAUUUAUUGGACCGCCGUGGCAUCCCGUACACGCAGUACCACCAACCCACGAGCUGCGACAUCACCAAGUGCUUCGACGAAGCUUCUGAGGAAGGCAGCCUGCUGGUGGAUUUCCUGACCCAAACCGUUCACUUCAAGGAGGCGGCGGCCGAAGACGAACAGAGAUCCAUGAUGGAGUAUCUUGCAAGCAGCGACUGCUCCGAGAGGAAAAAUGAGGCCAUACUGCUGAACAUUCCCCUGGAUGCAGUAGUAAUAAUUAAGCAACAAGAAUUCAAUUGUUGUCACGCUGAAACUACAUCCAGAAGGGAAGAGAACAUGGAAAGGAAAUCACUGCCGAGUCUGUUCAACAAUCAGGACCACUUUGAUAAGGCGUACAAAGUCUUCUGCGCUCGGUCUGCCAAAUUCAAGACGUACUGUGACUGGGUGGACGGUGUGUUUAGCGAGGCGGUGGUUGGUAGGCUCCAGGUCACACUGGACGGAGAAGAAGAGCUACGGGUCAUGGGAGUAGGCAGUGGGUCAGGUGAGAUGGAUUGUUUGAUGUUGGAGCAGCUCAAAAAGCGUUUCCCGCUCAUCAAUAAUCGUGUAGUUGACCCUUCUCAGAAGUUGCUGGUCCAAUACAAGGCAUUUGCUCAAACGAAGGCUCACCAGCUACACGGUGUUAAGUUUGACUUUCGGCAGCAGACUAUUGAGCAAUACCAAGAGGCGGGAUAUGUGACCAAGUUCCAUUUCAUCAGCGCAGUUCACUCCAUGUACUUCGUUGACAACUUUGAUAGCUCCGUGAUGUAUCUGUACGACUUACUGAUCCCAGGAGGAGCAUUACUUGUGAUCCUAAGGCAAGAAAACAACGGAUGGCAGCGAUUUCUGGACCGCUUUCCUCAACUUUAUGGUCGGGCCUGUUGUCACCUACAAGUAACUUCGAGGGAUUUACUCAAUUUAUUGGACCGCCGUGGCAUCCCGUACACGCAGUACCACCAACCCACGAGCUGCGACAUCACCAAGUGCUUCGACGAAGCUUCCGAGGAAGGCAGCCUGCUGGUGGAUUUCCUGACCCAAACAGUUCACUUCAAGGAGGCGGCGGCCGAAGACGAACAGAGAUCAAUGAUGGAGUAUCUUGCAAGCAGCGACUGCUCCGAGAGGAAAAAUGAGGCCAUACUGCUGAACAUUCCCCGGGAUGCAGUAGUAAUAAUUAAGCAACAAGAAUUCAAUUAAUUUUAUCAACAAUAAUCAAGCCACUAUACAAAUACAAAAUUUCCGAAAAGUUAUUUCUUUAAACUGGGCCGGAAAAGUUACCUCAAACCUGUGGAAAGUUACUUCAAAGUGAACUCAUUGCGUCCAAGCUUGUGCAGAUCACACCAUAGAGCAAGGACCCAAG